AUGUCCUUGUUAUCACUUGAGAUCCAAAAUCUGGAAUGGCAAGGAGAUGCGCGUACCAAAGUGCUAUGUUUUCAAAUUCUCGUCAUUGAAACAGUCAACGAACUGCCUGAUAUUGAUGCUGGCACCCCGAACAUUGCAGCUGUCGCCAUUAUUGCAAAACUUGAGCUGCAUCGGCCGAGGAAACCUUACGUAAGAUGCUCCAUAUCCUUCCUAUUGACGGCGGGUUUCAAUUAUCUCGUCGUACAAGUGGGGCGAAGCAGACGUACCGCAAAAUGCUACUCCUUGCUCAGUCAUGAAUUUGUUGGACGAAAGAUGACUCUUCUGAAUGAUUCCGAUAUUAUUUUCUCCACUUUGGUGUUGUUCCGAAACAACGAAGCUGCAGUUGAUUGUUCCAAGGACAUUGGAACCUACGUUUAUGGUUCCACUCCCGUGCGGAUGCACACUCCUGAAAAAGCAACUUGCGUCGAAAGCAUCAAACCAAGCAACUAUGUGCUGCUCUGUGUUCGCACAAUAGUAUUCAUAGUAAUCGCCGUCAUGCUUUGCAAGGGGUUCAACGACCAGGAACCACUGACAGACGUCGACGCAGAAGAAGAGGGUAAAGAUCAUAAGGCGUGGAUGUACAAGAUAAGAGACAUGAGAGGAAUCAAGGGGAAUAUUGCGCGGUACAAGGACAUGAUGAGAUCGAAGGUAACGCUUGCGGUUAACCGGGUAUCCUGGUCCUUAAGACCGAAGUGGGCGGAUGGGAGUUGGUGCAAAUUGGGUGCAAGGAGAACCAUGGACGAGGGGGAGAUGCUGAGCUCGCCCUUCUUGGCUACUGCGCGGGUACACCUGUAA